UCUCCAUACACGUUUCACGCCAUCUUGAAAUUACACCCCCCAGUUUGUGAAGUCGCUCUCGAAUUAAAAAAAAAAAAAAGCACAGCAACUCUUUUCAUUCCCGCUACCGUCUCCGGUAUGAACGGUUCUCGUAACAAACCGUCACAGACAGUAGGCAAGGGGCAGACGGACGCAGAUACUGGCUUGGAGACAAACCACAGGGACAGAAAGACCGGUGGAGGAAUGCUGAAGAAGCUGAAGUCGAGGCGCAGCCAAACGGAGAAGUGGCCUGUGGUCACAGAGGAUGAACUGCGGGCUCUGGGAAGAGAUAUUUCCCCGGACCAUGUCUUGGGUCUCCGGGCUGUUACGGAAGAUUAUCUUUGCAGACCUGAGGACAAUAUCUACAACAUUGACUUCACACGUUUCAAAAUAAGAGAUCUUGAGACAGGGACGGUGCUGUUUGAGAUUGCCAAACCUCCUAACAGUGGUCCUGUGGAGAAUGAGGAGGACAGUGGGGAUGCAGACACCAGUGCAGGGCGUUUUGUCAGAUACCAGUUUACACCAGCCUUCCUAAAACUGCGCACUGUCGGUGCAACAGUGGAGUUCACAGUGGGUGACCGGCCCAUUACCAGCUUCCGUAUGAUCGAGAGGCAUUACUUCCAAGGACGCCUUCUCAAGAAUUUUGACUUUGACUUCGGCUUUUGCAUUCCUAACAGCCGCAACACAUGUGAACACAUUUAUGAGUUUCCACAGCUUCCAGAUGACCUCAUUCGCCAAAUGGUGGAGCACCCUUACGAGACCAGAUCAGACAGUUUUUACUUCGUGGACAACAAACUCAUCAUGCACAACAAGGCAGAUUACGCCUACAAUGGCGGUCUGUAGUAAAUGAAGGGAAUUAUAAUGUGCAAUACCUCCCAGGGGAUAUAUUUCCUGGAUUACACCCCUACAAAAGUUUAUCUUGGCAGAGCGGCAGAAGUAUUCUCUCCUUUGUGGACAUUAUUAUGAUUAUGAAAGUGACACCGUACUAAAAAAAGAACAAUGGACCACAUCUGCCUUCAUAUGAAAUCAUGGAUCCAUUCAUUAGCACCUCAAAAUCUCAGUUUCUGGGACUCAGAGGGAUAUUUUUGUUUGAUAUUUCUGUUUAUAUCUGACUGAAACCUUUUUGUUCUGUAUUUUGGUUUGUCUUACAAGUGUCAUGUUACUGCUUGAACACUUUUGCCUUAAGUUUCUUGCCGUCUCUGCUGGAAAGGGACACUUUGAGUCAUAGACCUCUCAUGGCAAAGCCUACAGACUGUGUCAGUUAUGAUUUCAUUUACCUAAAGGACCAGCAUGUAGGAUUUAGGUGCAGAAAUGGAAUGUACCGGUAAGUAGAUUUCAUUAGUGUACAGUUACAUGUAACAACAAAUUGUCAUGGUUUUGUUAGCUGAGAAUGAGCUCUUCAUAUCUACAUAGGGAGUCCAUGAAGCCUGGCAUGUUUGUGGUUAUAUGAUGAAGUGGCAGCCACUAUAGGUUCUCCAACACGAUUGAAAAAAGAGGGUUUCAAACUGCAACCUCUCUGCGAGAUGCCCCUAAAUCCUACACUCGUUCUUUACAAAUAUAGAUGUUAUCAGAUGAUGUUUGUUUGCACCUUUUGCAAGUGACAAUUGUGUUUCCUGUAUGGAAAAGCGAGCAUUAACUAGAUGUUUUACAGUAUUGUUAGUUAUAGAUGAUCAUGUAGCACAAGUUAAUAUUGUUUCAUUCUUCCUUCGGUAUAAGUUGUGAAUUACUGCAAUGGUUGGUAUCAGAUAUUUAAAUGUGGUGUCCAUUUUGUUAAAUUUGACCAAUCUUUAGUUAAGUAUAUUUUAAUACAACUGCAUGUGAUAUUUUCAUGAUUUGAGGUGUCACACUGAUUCUGUUAAACUCUGUUAUUUCAAACUCUGGGAUGCAUCAAAAGGAAAAGCUAGCAGUGGAAUCUCCUUUACUGAACUUUACACAUCUUGCUUUAGAUGCCGUCCAUGUCUAAAACUCAAUGGUCUGCCCUCUUUAUUAACACCAGAAUUGAAUCCCUUCAGGUCUGUCUUCCUGGUUUAUUUGUCACAACAACACUGUGAAUCUCAUUCUUUAGUAGCUGCAUUUGGCCCAAAUUGUGAUGUACCUAUCAAACUGAUUGCUGAGUCUAUGUUCUGCUGCCUUGCGCUCAGGUUCUCAGUUUACCAGUGAAAUGCCACAGUAGCAUGCAACUUGACAGUACAGAGUGAUGUAUCUGGGUAGUUGAUCUAUUUUUGAUGAGGCGCUAGGGUUGGUACAGAAGUUGACCUGUUUCUUUUUCUGUUUACAGAAGUCCUGUUUAAUUGAUUAUACUUGUGAUUUAGCAGAGUUUAGGCCAUGUACUAAAAAUGUACACAUUUUCUAACAAACACAGGUUUCCAGACCAUUUGGUACACUAUUACAGUCUAAAGCAACCUUGCACAGCAGCCCUCUGUAGCAGAGUUGAUGAUUUGAUUAUUAGUCAUUUAAUGUGAUGCUGUCAGACUGUCUAUUCCUGAAAGGUUGUCCAAAAUUCACAGAAAUCACCAACAAUGAUGAGUUUGAAUUAGUUUCUGCUUGCAGCAUCAAUUGCAGCCUAAGUAUUCUAAAUAUGUCAGAUGUCAUUAGCUGGUUCCAUUGCUUAAGGCAGGAAACACUUCUAAAACUCAGAAUUUCUUCAAAACUAUGUGGUAAUUUGCAUUUAAAUCAGGCAUACACCUGGAGAUUUGUAAUUUUUCAGUACCCAUGAUCUGGGCUUCCUCUUAGUGUAUGUUCUAACAUCGAUUCCAUGUGCCUUCAAUCCGGGUGAUGAUUUUUUUUUUCUUAUAAUGACAGCUUGUAUUCCAUGUACAGUAAGCUGAAGGGAUGAUAUAUUCACUCAUAUCAUGCUCUCUGUUACUGUCUUGCAGUGCCGCCUUGCAUAAAACAGGAUGUUUUUUAGCCUGCGUGCAUCAACGCAUUAUGUAGCCUAUUUGUAAUUUAUCAGGUGGGAUAUCAAGCACACUUUGACAGGCGUAGACUUUGUUUCAUGAUGUAACCUCAGUUUUUUUUGUCAGUUGGACUCGAUGGAUGUAUCUCUGUUAGGCUGCUGGUUAGCAGCGCUGCUGUUGUGGUAGCUGGGAAGACUUUGUUUAGCCAUAUAAUAUCAAUCAGCGGGGUUUUCUCUAAAUGCUUUUAUAAGUCUGGACACUUUGUAUGUCUGUGCAAAAAGACCAUGUGACCGGCACAAACAAUUUAUGGAUCCUUUCUGUGUCCUGUUGCAUGGACUCAACUUUUUGUAUUGGCUGAUUUUACAAAUGACACAUUCAUAUCUUAUCAGAUUUGUUGUAAAUAAAAAUGGCUGUUUGAAAAAUACA